GUUUCAAAUGCCAAGGCCGUGAUUUUUGCUGACAGCUUGCAGGAAGCGAUCAGUGACAUACAGUCAAGUUUGGGGCCAUCAGUCACGUACUACAGUCUCGGCAGCUCAGAGUCCCAGUCCUUGCAGGCCAAAAAUAUCAACCAAGAGAUUGCCAGGAGUCCAUCAUAUGAACCAGCCAGUGUUGCGGUCAGAUGUUCAGAGAGACUGCUGCUGGUCUACACGUCCGGGACUACAGGCCUGCCCAAAGCUGCAGUUGUCUCCCACACAAGGUCAGCACUUUUGUCCCUGAUGAUGUGGAUUACAUCCCACUGCCACUGUACCACACAGCCGGUGGGAAUCCUGGGAGCUGGACAAGGAGUUCUGGGCGGCACCACUCUGGCUAUCAGGGCCAAGUUUUCUGCUAGCCAGUUCUGGUCUGAUUGUGUCAAGUAUCGUGCCACGAUUGCCCAGUAUAUUGGAGAGAUCUGCCGCUACCUCCUGGCUCAGCCUGUCAGACCUGAGGAGUCGCAGCACACAGUUCGGCUCAUGUUUGGCAACGGGGUCAAACCACAAAUAUGGAAGCAGUUCCAAGAGAGGUUUGGGGUCAAGCUUAUCGGAGAGUUCUAUGGGGCAACAGAAGGCAAUUGUGCUAUAGUGAACUUUGAAAACCGGGUUGGAGCUGUUGGCUUUGGGACUCGCAUUGCCCCAUUUCUCUACCCGAUCACUUUGGUGAAAGUCGACCCAGAGACCAAUGAGGUUCUUCGUGACAAAAAUGGAGUUUGUAUCAAGGCUGAGCCAGGUGAGCCAGGAGAGCUGGUGGGCAAAAUUGUCAAAGGCAAUCCGGUGCGUGAAUUUGAUGGAUAUGUGGAUGACAAGUCCACCAGCAAGAAAGUCAUCUCCGAUGUGUUUACCAAGGGAGACAUGGCCUUCUCCACAGGAGACAUCCUUAUCAUGGAUGAGCUGGGCUAUAUGUACUUCCGUGACCGGACGGGGGACACGUUCCGCUGGCGUGGGGAGAAUGUCAGCACCAACGAGGUGGAGGCCGUCAUCAGCAACUCCAUCCAGCUUCAGGACGCUGUGGUUUACGGUGUUGAGGUCCCAGGCAACGAGGGCAGGGCAGGCAUGGCAGCCAUUGUGGAUGACAGCAGCUCCGUAGAUGUGACCCAACUGGGAGCUUCUUUAGCCAGGUCAUUGCCGGCCUACGCUCGACCCUUAUUUCUUCGCUUUGUUAAAGAGGCAGACACAACUGGCACUUUCAAGUUAAAGAAGAACAAACUACGAGAUGAAGGCUUUGACAUUUCUGUGGUGCAAGAUCCCAUCUUCUACCUCAACCCCAGCAGCAAACAGUACGAACCACUGACUGCCCAAGUUUACAAGGAUAUAGUCAGUGGCCGCAUUAGAUUGUGA